GAAACUAAUACUGAAUCUAGACUUGAAAUUUCAUAUUCAGAGUUUCUUUUAACUAACCCUUCUGUAAAUAAAUUAAAUAAAAAAUUUGAAAAAGCAAACAGGCAAAUUCAACAAGUUGAAGAUCGUAGAGCACCAGUUAACUUUACCAAUAUGCAUCAACACCAAGCACAAAAUCGACAACAAACCCCUCCUUCUGAAUUUGAUAACCAACAAGCACUUCAAACACUUUUAAGAGGCAUAAAUGAAAUGUUUGAAAGUAAUGCUGCCCAAGCUGCAAUAGCAACAACAAAUCCUAAAGAGUAUAAAUUAAUUGACUUUUUUAUUUUUUUAGAAGAUAAUGAUAAAAACCCAAUAGAAUGA